AUGCCUCGGACAAGCACCGUGGGAGCUUCGCUUUGCAGUCCACGUGAGUCUUCCGAGCCCGUCUGGUACGCAGAAUACAGCUCGAAUAGGUCCGUCAAACCUGGCAGAGGCGGACAGCCUCACCUAUCGCAUUUAGAGGGAAACGCGAAGCACACGUAUGGAUACAGAACGGCAUCGUACUUGCCUCCUGCCCUUGCCUCCUCGGUCGGCCUCCGCGGCUUUUCCGUCCACCGAUUCGGCAUGCAGGGCAAGUCGACGUGCAACGUUGUUCGGGCUCGAAAGGCCCAUGCGAUCGCUUCGGCAGACAUCCGAAGAGCAAGCAAGCGCAUGAACAUGCGGCUGCCUGCCGUUUGUUGGGAAACCAAGGUCGGCAAAGCCUACUAUGCUAGCCCAUCCGCACCGGUCAACAUCGGCUCGAUGCUGGGCGUGCAGGAAGGAACAAAGUUCUCGAGCAUGAAACCAAGCGUCUCGCCGAAAUUGAGGCACGCUGCCGUCCCUGUUGGGCCGUGUCCGGCGGAUCUAGGUUCGCGAAGUAUGAUCGCUCAAGCUUCAUCGGCCAUCGUCGGCCAAGCCAAGCCUUCUCCGAACGGAGGAUGUGUCUCGAUCUUAUCAAUCUCAUACAGCAUGGCGAUUCGGGCACCAUUCUGCCUAUGCUCCUCGGUCAAGCGUGCCUUUCCAGCUGGCAACGUUCACCUCGGCAUUUCCGCUUGCACGGCAACAUUCCAUUCCCAACCCGAAAGAUCGAGCAGGAUCCAGUCCCAGGGCAGCGAAAAACGCCUUAAAAGCGCUCUGUCUUGUCUACAAGCCGAACGGUCCGAGCGCUUCUUCAGACAAGACCUUCACAACUUCUUCUCGAAAGACGCAAGGCUCCUUGCCUGA